CCCUAGUGUAGUCUGUCCGAGUUUUUUUUGUAGAGGCUGCAGGGAUUAUGGUGCUUAGUGUUCCUUUAAUGCUUUAGGAUGAAUGGAAGACAGUGGUUGUGUUAAUAUCCCCAAAUCUCUUAGAAAGCUUUCGUUGACAAAUUCAAGGUGUUAUGGUUUCAAAAAGGGAACCAUUUUGUAUUAAAAAUGCACUCUAAGCAGUGUGACUGAUACAGGGCAUGGUUAAUUGAUAAGUCUGUGGCCAUUCCCCAGUAAUUAUCAAACUGUUUGGAAAGUUUGACUAAAACGGGAUUCUCCCAAGCACCCAGAGAGCUCCUUGGCCAUAAUGAUAAUAUGUAACUGACACAUUUUAUUAUCCAUGUUGAUUUUAUCCAACCUAAACAGCAUUGGGUAUAAGGUGGCAGGAUAUGUAAAUUCAACAGGAUUAAUGCGGUUGAGGAAAGAGAGAGGGUGGUAUGAGGGUGUCGAGGAGAGCCCAGUAAUGUUUGUAAAAUAACUUCCAAACAGUGCCUAUAGAACAUAACUAGAACACUGAGCUGUAGCGUUUUAUGCUGCGUAGCGUCCCUUUAAUACUCAUGAUUUUGAACUGAGGUGUUCAAUCUGGAGUUCAGUUACUUCUGAUCAUGUGGUGUUUAUCAAUAAACAUUUUGAUUUGUUUAAUUUAAUCAGGAUCCUUUUUCCAUGUGUCAUGAUGUUCAUAAGGUAUUUAUACCAACUUAUGCCAUACUAUGGAACCUCUGCAUAUAUGUUAAUUCAGUUAUUUUGACUGUGGGCAGAUGGCGUUGGACCUUGGGAAAAGAUUGUUAGAAGCUGCUCGCAAUGGAGAAGAUGAACAAGUGCGAUUACUAAUGCAAAAUGGAGCACCAUUUACUACUGACUGGGUAUGUAGGAGAAAUCUUUAAGUGGUGGACAAAUCUAUUUAUAUUUAUACUUGCCAUGUCUUGGUUUGUGAUGGAAGAUUUUAUGUGUAACCUAUAGUUCAUGGCUCCAAGCACAGUGUGCUUGACUUUUAUAAGACAUGAUUAAGGUGGGAUAUAAUAUUAAGAUUUGGGUAGUUCAAAUGCAUAGUGUUGGUCAGAUUUCUAUGAAAUUUAUACCUUAAAGAGAAACUUUAGUGCUAGGAAUAGAAAGUACCUAGCACUCUGUCUGUCAUUGCCCUGAUAAUGUGAAAGCAUGGAGAAAUAGUUGUGGGUGCUAAGGACACUUGCGCUGUUUCAAAGCUGAUUGUCAGAAAAGCCGGGCAGCACACAUAUAAAGAAAGCACCAUGAUACUGCAAUGAUCUGUGGCAGACCAUGAUACUGCAAUGAUCUGUGGCAGACCAUGAUACUGCAAUGAUCUGUGGCAGACCAUGAUACUGCAAUGAUCUGUGGCAGACCAUGAUACUGCAAUGAUCUGUGGUGGGUAUGUGAUUUAGAGUGCACCUUUAAAGGGAUACCCUACUGCCCAAAUACAAAAAACAAAUCACAAUUUAGUAGAUUCACCCCAAUGGAAAAAUACAUUCAUUUAAUUCUGCAUUUUUUCCCCCUUAUAUCUAAAACCAGUUUGCAAGCCCUCUCCUUUUUCCCUAGCCCGUACUUUCUGUGACUGUCCAAUAACAGACUUUUCAAUGCAGCUCAAUGAGAAGUCUUUGCAAGGCAGGUGCUCUGAGCAAUUGAUUCUUGGAUUUAGUUCAACUGAGCUAAACAACCAGAAGGUAACAGGGCCCGUUGUAUGAUUGGAAACCAGAGGAUUUGUAACCAGGCUAAUUUAUAAGAGUGGCAAUUCUAUUGAAGUUUGCACUUUUUGUAACAUGAAGAAAGAGGACACACAUAAUGAACUUUAGCAAUCAAGCUUUUUAAAGCAGAUCUGUAACAAUCAUUUUUUUUGCAUUUUUACUGUAAAGGGACACAAUAGUCACCAGGACCACUACAGCUUAAUGUAGUUGUUAUGGUGUCUAUAACCUGUCCCUACAGGCAUUUUAAUGUAAAGCUGCCAUAUUAAGAGAAAAGACCAUGUUUACAUUGCUGCCUAGUGACACUUCUAGUGACAGUCACUCAGAUGGCUACAAGAGGUGUUUCCUGGGUCAGUGCUGCACAGUGUGCAGUACAAAUGUUCAGUGUCUCCAUGCUCUGCAUGAAGUAAAUACCAGUAAUAAAUAGGAUGCUGAACGCUUCCCAUAGAGAUGCACUGUUUCAGUGCAUCUCUGUGAGGAGAUGCUGAUUGCUGCAGAACAGGGCUUUGCCGCACAUGUGCAAUAGCCUCCGACUGCUUUCCAUGUGAAAGCAUUGGAUUGGCUGAGAUCAUGACAAUGGAGGUCGGCCAGCCACUGCUAUGGACAAAAGGUAAAUAAAACUCACUUUUUAUGUCCAUAGAGAGGGUGGUCGGUAACAGACCUAGCUUAUUUAAAAAUAUAGUGUUAGGAAUACAUAUUUCUAUUCCUGACACUAUAGUGUUCCGUUAAGUACACCCAGGUAACUUCACAUUACCUGAUUUUGAAAUAGUAAGUUCUAAGUUAUUAAAUGUGGAACCACCUAGCACAUCCCUGGGAAAGGAAAGGAUUUCAGCAAAUGUUUAACCUAUAUUAUUUCCAAGCUUUUUUUAUGUAUAUAAAUUUAUACGUAAAAUAAAUAAAUCUCUUCUUUGUAAACAUAAAAUGAGGUAAACUCCAUUAAGAAAAAAUAAAAACGCUGCUUUCAAUAAAUAAUUUUGUUAACUCCAUAUAUGACAGAACUUAUAUUUAAAUUGCCCUCCCAUCCCUUCAGUAGUGCUUUAUUUUGGGGUCCCUUAGGUUUACCUUGUAUCUAUUUUUGCAUAUCCAACUGCAAAUUUCUGAGCAGUUCCUGGGGGCUGUAACAGAACAAUUGCACUCUCUCUCUUUCUGACCGAUAAACCUGAUUAAUGAAUGAUGUCUGUGUUUCUAGCUUGGAACAUCUCCCCUCCACAUGGCGGCACAGUGUGGCCACUACUCCACUGUGAAAGUUCUUCUCCAGGCGGGUAUCAGCAGAGAUGCACGGACCAAAGUUGACAGGACACCUCUACACAUGGCAGCAUCAGACGGCCACCUACAUAUUGUUGACUUGCUUGUCAAGGUAAAACUUAUUUUGCAUUGUGAAAAGAGGUUGUCUGAUGUUCCCAUAAAAUGAUGGGUACUAGAGAACUGCAUGAAGUAUGUUGUUGCCUAUCUCUAGAAAUUUAAAUAGGCACAGGAUGGAAUAAAAUGCUAACAUAAUAUUUAGUUGCUUAGGAGACUACUUGUAAAUUGGUAACAUGUACAUUUUCACCUAAAGUAAAAACCUGUAGGCAAUGCAGAGAAUAGCCACCAAGUGGGCCAGUCACAACACUCCUAGGAUGCUUAACUGUAUGGAAUACCUAGUGGGAGGGAUUCCAAGGGUUACUUCUGUUUUCCUUGUUCACUGUGAGAGUGUAUUGAGCACAGCUAAUCUUGUCAGUUCCAUGAACUAGCAGCAGAAGUGCAGCUUUGAAGAAAAUUAAAGGAACACAAUCUCAGGAAAGCAAAUGUGUAUUCCUGACACUAUAGUUCUAAAAUAAAUUUGGGUGUCCGGCUCCCCCUUAUCCCAGUUAAAAACUAUCGCACAUGCUCUGCAAAACGCUGCGCUGCGUCCAUCUCCUCAUUGAAUAAAUGCAUUGAAUAAAUGCAUCUUUAUGGAGCAUGUUCAGCUCCUCCAUGCAGAGCAUGGAGACACUGAAUGUAUGCAGCACUGACCCAGGAAGCACCUCUAGUGGCUGUUAGUGACUGUCACUAGAGGUGUCCCUAGCAAUAAUGUCAACACUGCCCUUUUUCCUGAAAAGGCUAUAGACACCAUAACUACAUCAAGCUGUAGUUGUUCUGAUGGUGACUAUAGUGUCCCUUAAGUUUUUUUAUAGUUUAAAAAAAAAAAAAAAUUAAGUGAGCUUGUUAUGCAAAUAUUUGUCAGUUAACAUAUGAUAAUACAGGAAAAAUCAUAAAAACAAAAAGUAGUUUUCUGAGUCAUGAUAUUUUUCUUCUGAACUCUCUAGUUACCAGACUCCCUGCUUCUUCCUUAUUGUAAGCCCAUUUGCUUAUAGAGAUAAGCUGUUUUCCAUUGAACUCUCAUGCGUCCAAUAUUGGGAAGUGAUGAAUUUCCAGAGUUGAAGUGCCUCACUAAAUUCUCCUGGUGGUACUCAAAAGAUUUUGUAACAUUGCAAAAUAAGCCAGUUGUCACGCUUGUUCUGGUUUAGGAGUAACGAACUGCUUAUUUUAUUUUAAUUAAAAAUGAAAAAAGAGCAUCACAUAAAAAUAACCUUAUGAACUGCUCACGAAGUCUCAUGAAAUUUCCUUGAACUUUCAACACUUUCAAAAGAUAUCAAACAAAGUAGGUACUACUAUAUGGUAAAUCCUCAAGUUGACAAAAGUUUUGUCACUACUCUAUUAGCAGCUUUGAUUUUUGGCAGAGAAAUUCACAAACCAUUUAACAUGCAUUUGUUGCAAUGCAGUUGAGCUCUUUUGAAAUGAAUCUCACUGCAGAAAUGAGAUUCAUUUUCAAAUAUCAGGGCUUCAUUUGGUUAGCAUUUAUUUGUUCAUGUAAACCACAUUUAUAAUGUAGUAGAAUUUGAGCCAAAUGUCUCAGAUGAAUUUGCAAAAACAAGUUUGGCAUUUAAAGGGACACUGUAGGCACCCAGGCCACUUCAGCUAAUUGAACUGGUCUGGGUGCAGUGUCCUUAUUGCCCUUAGUGCGGCAGUGUUAAACAUUGCAGUUCCAGAGAAACUGCAAUGUUUACACUGCAGCCCUAAGUCUGCCUCCAGUGGCUGUCUCUCAGACAGCCACUAGAGGUGCUUCCUGCAUCCAAACAGACCUGGUCCAGUAUCAAAUGCUGGACGUCCUCACGCUCUGCAUGAGAACAUCCAGGGUCAGAAUGUUCCCUAUAGGAAAGCAUUGAUUCAGUGCUUUCCUAUGGUGAAGUUUUAAUUCGCAUGCAGCAUUUGCUAUGCAUGCGCAUUAGCGCCCGCUCAUCGCAGAACAGAGGAAGAGGUCGAGCCACAACCCAGCUCAGACGGAAAUAUUCCGUCAUGGUUCCCAGAAGAUGCGUCCUUAAGGGGCUAUCCUAUCUAUAGCUUAAACUUGAGAGGAAAUAUAUAAUUAAAAAUAAAAUGAAAGUCCUGUGUGUAUGUAUUGCUUGGAGGAUAACACGAUAUGAUAAAACUAAAUCCCCGUUGAAUGAUGCUCUGAGCAUGAGUAAAUGGACACGAUUCUGUAUUUACUUUUAUUCUAUCCUAGAAUGGUGCCAAUGUCAAUGCCAAGGACAUGCUGGAGAUGACUGCUUUGCACUGGGCUACAGAGCACAGUCACAAGGAUGUGGUAGAGCUGCUGCUGAAAAAUGGAGCAGACGUCAAUGCAUUCAGCAAGUUUGGUAAAACCGCUUUCGAUAUCGCCCUGGACAAAAACAAUCCUGAGCUGCUGAUUACUAUACAGGUAAGCACAUUAAUGAAGGUAUUUCCCCUUCUUUUCUUACAGUUUUUUCAUUGACCGUUCACAGAAUAAUUCUAGAUUACCUAAAAUAACAUGCACUGGGUAUGUAUUUUCUGACUGACGUCUUAAAGGGAUACUAUAGACAUUAAAACAACAUUGGCUAAAUUAACCCUUUAAGGACGGAGCCAAAUGUACACGUUGUGAACGAAACAAAAUGUAAACAAAACCUGGCAUUUGCGUUACAUGUCUAUCCAACCGUAAUUCACCUCUUUCAUAGUAAAUGCACCCACCCUUAUUAUAUAUCAUUUUAUUCAGGGGAAACAGGGCUUUCAUUUAAUGUCAAAUAUUUAGCUAUGAAACAUAAUUUAAUAUGAAAAAAAUGGGAGAAAAUAAGAUUUAAAAAAAAAAAAAUUUUUUUAGUUCUACAUGACAUUUUAACGGUCAAUGUCAUAAUACUGUUUGCUUUUACUGCAAUAAAAUACACAUAUUUGUAUUCAGCAAAGUCUCACGUGUAAAACAGUACCCCCUAUGUACAGGUUUUAUAGCAUUUGGGAAGUUACAGGGUCAAAUAUAGCAUUAAAUAUAACAUUUGAAAUUGAAAUUCGCCAGAUUGGUUACGUUACCUUUGGGACUUUAUAGUAGCCCAGGAAUGAAAUUUACACCCAUAAUGGCAUACCAUUUGCAAUAGUAGACAACCCAAGGUGUUGCAAAGGGGGAUGUCCAGUCUUUUUUAGUAGCCAUUUGGUCACAAACACUGGCCAAAGUUAGCGUUAGUAUUUGUUUGUGUGUGAAAAAUGCAAAAACGCCAAUUUUGGCCCGUGUUUGUGACUAAGUGGCUACUAAAAAAGACUGGACAUACCCUGUUUGCAAUACCUUGGGUUGUCUACUAUUGCAAAUGGUAUGCCAUCAUAGGGGUAAUUUUCAUUCUUGGGCUACCAUAGGGUCUCAAAGGCAACGUAGCCAAUCUGGCGAAUUUUAAUGUGAAAAAAAUGAAACACAAGCCUUAUAUUUGACGCUGUAACUUUUUGAAAACACCAUAAAACUUGUACAUGAGGGGUAUUGUUGUACUCGGGAGACUUCGCUGAACACAAAUAUAUGUGUUUCAAAACAGUAAAAAGUAUCGCAGCAAUAAUAUCGUCCGUGUAAGUGCUGUUUGUGCGUGAAAAAUGCAAAAUACAUCACUUUUACUGGCGAUAUCAUCGUUGUAAUAAAAGGAAGAAAAAAAACCCAAAAAGGGAUGUCUUAUAUAAAGACCGCCCAGAGGGUAAAUACCCAGUCCAAUCUCAACAGUAGUGUAGUUGCCAAAAAAUAAAAAAGCCUUUAUUGAAAUCUAUUAAAAAACCUGGGUAAUCAGUGAUGGACAGAAUAAUAUAGGGAGAAAUAUGUAUGGUAGGAACAAGGCUAAUCAAGAGCCAACCCUCACAAGAAACGGAGAGGGGAUAGAAGGCAAUAUGUACCCCCAUACAUAACUCAGGUAACAAAGCAGUAGGAAAGAACAGGAAAGGGAGAAACACACACUCCCAACCAAACAGUAGUGCUAUGCUAAUACCCUAUCUCCUAUAAAACACCUUCGUGGGUGUUCUAAUCUAAAUGCUGUCAUAACAUCUGAAGCCCCAGGUACACACACAUACUAGAAAAACAUAAAUGAAAAGGUGCUCAGAGCAAAGUGCUCAAGAGAGUAUUAAAAACACAGAAGAACCCGACGUACGUUUCGGCGUGACCACACGCCGUCCUCAGGGGUAUCAGCAGUGAGCAAAAAACUGUCCGGGUGGUAAAUUUAUACCUUAAGCUCAUAAGCUUUAUUGUAAUCACCUGUGAUUGUGUCUAAAUUGCUCCGGUCCUCCUGUGAAUGUCAUCGUUGUAAUACAUUUUACUGUUUUGAAACACUAAUAUUUGUGUUCAGCGAAGUCCCCCGAGUAGAACAGUACCCCCCAUGUACAGGUUUUAUGGUGUCUUGGAAAGUUAUAGGGUUAAAUAUAGUGCUAGCAAAUUAAAUUCCCUUUACUUUCGGCAUGGGUUGUCAGGCAGGUCCCGCUAAUUGUAAUUAAUAUAAUAUUUUAUAUAUAUAUAUAUAUAUAAUUAUUUAUUUUUUUCACUUAUUCAUUUAUUUUAUUUUUAUUUCCAGCCAGCAUGGGGACCACCUGUAAUUACAGGCAGCCCCCCUGCUGGCAAUACAGCAGACCUCACUCUCACAUGGCCGGGGAGGGGGGCCGGAGGAGGAGGAGGAUCUGCCGCGGGGGGGCUCCCUGGGUAAGUAAGGAAAGACCGGAGGGCGUACUAUUACGCCCGGCGGCAUUUAGAGCUGCCUAAAAUAGGGCGUAAUAGUACGCCCUCCGGUCUUAAGGGGUUAAUUAAUUUUGAUGUAUAGACCAGGCCCUGGAAUUCUCACUGCUUAAUUCUCUGCCAUUUAGGCAUUAUAUAACUUUUAUUUAUGCAGCCUGACUUGCACUUCCUGAAAAAUUACCUAGACAGUCUAGGUUUCUUUAUUGCACAGUCUGUUUAAUCUAGAAUGUCUUAAAAGACCACUGUAGGCACCAAGACCACUUCAGCUCAAUGAAGUGGUCUGGGUGCCAGGUGCCUCUAGUUAUAACCCUGCAGCUGAAAACAUAGCAGUUUAAGAGAAACUGCUAUGUUUACACUGCAGGGUUAAUCCAGCCUCUAGUGGCUGUCUCCAGCCUCUAGUCUGCUUUGCACCCGGUUGCAGGAAAAAAGGCAUCGGCGUGUGUCGUUUGCUCUCCCAGAGCCGAAUCUGAUCUCCCCGGCGGUCGGGGUGCGCUCGUUUAGGUGUUAUUUUCUGUCUUUUACUGCGGGAGUAGCGGAGCUCCUGAAAUGGCAUCUGUACCGUUCGCCUGCUAGGCCUCGCCCUCCUACUAAACCCUUUUCUAACAGUUUAACAUUUGAAAUGUUCCCUGUCCGUCUACAAUACCGCUGACACAGGAUUUGCUGAAGCAAAAAUUACUCUUCCUUAGCUAUGCCAGUUUGUACUGGCAAUGGAUGACUGUUACACUAUCAACCAAUCACCACCUUCCGUUGCAGUUAAGACUCAUGCUUUCUCAUCCCGAUUAUCAUUAUGUUAUGCAUCCUUUUAUGUUACCAUUAUAGAAAGGGCUGUGGUUAUUAUCUUAGACUGAAGGAGGUGAUAAAUGGUUAAUAACAGCUUGUAGAAAAUUGACAACUGAAACAAUGUGUGGUUUUUUUUUUUUUUGUUUUUUUUUUUUUAAUAUUGGCAUUACAGGUUAAGGGGCAAAAUUAAUUUAAGGGGUGGAGAUUUGACUUUUAAUAUUGAUUUUCAUCCCUUUUAUUUUCUUGUGAUGUUUCCAGGAAGCAAUGCAAGGGGAUGUUCAUCUGCAAUCUAUGAGAUCGAAUUCAGUCACUGUGUCGUCACCACAGCUUAUACUAACAUCUGGGGAUCUGACAAGCCUAUCAAAUUUUGUGUCCACUCCAAGUGUGAAAACCACCACUGGUAAGUCUCUACCAUGUAGCUUAAUAAUUAUCUCUUUUUCUUUCAAAAAGCUCCGCAUAUACAUUAUUAUUAUUAUUAUUAUUAUUAUUGCCAUUUAUAUAGCGCCAACAGAUCCCGUAGCGCUUUACAAUAUUAUGAGAGGGGGGAUGUAAUAAUAAAUAGGACAAUUACAAGAAAACUUACAGGAACAAUAGGUAUAUCUUUUAUCUCUCUUGUCAGUUGUAGUAGUCUGUCUUUCUUUUUUUCAUGGAGGCUCUGUGAGUCUCAGCCAGGGGAGGUGUGACAUUGAAUGGAUAAUUCCUAAGUGGUAGAGAGUUAAGUUGGGAGACUUCAGGGGCAUUGUGUACACACCAAACACCAAAAACACUUCAUUAUGCUAUUUAUUUAUCUUUUCAUAUAGCUUUAAUUUAUAAAUUAAUAAAAUCUAGCUUAGGUGUAUGCUGGGAAAUCUGGCGGCUGCACUCAGCGACUGACAACGAGUGAGUGAUUACUGAGGUCUGCACCUGGCCAUGUGCUCCCUUAAGCAGCCUUGCCUGCAGCAGUUCUAAAGGACGAAAAAAAAAAACUGCCUAUCUGGUGCCCGGAAGUAUAUGUCCCAGCUGUUGGGGCAAUACAGAUUUCUCACCAAACUCACUGCAAAUUCAGUCCAAGUGUAUUGCCUUCAUUCGGUUCAGUAUUCAGUUGCAUAUUUCUAUCAUCUUAUUCUAGAUUUUGAUUGUUUAUGUGCUCCUGGACAGGAUGUUAAUUAGAAAACUGUAGCAAAAUACAGGCAAUGAUAAAUAUUGUGAUCAGUAUCUGUAUUUAAUCAUCCAGGUGCUCCUGAAUUGUACCUUAUUAUUUGUGUUAAUCCCCAUCGGAGGCAUUUGGAGCUUAUGCACAGAAUAAUGCAUUGUGGUGAAUUGGUAAUGCCAAACAGUCCAAAAACUUUUGUGUAUUCUCUCUACAGCCACAUACUUUUAUGGCCUAAUCAAACUUGCUAAAUAACAGGGUUGAAUGUAGAACUGUCUUUAAGUUGUAUGUCCAUUAAUUUAUCUAAACUUUGCAAUAGUUGUCAUUUUUUUAAGUCACCCAGCAUAUUUGGUGGUCAUGGCAGAGUCAAUACCAUGUAGGCAUAAACUCCCCUCUCUCCCCCUUCCCCCCCCCCCCUUCAUUUAAUUUAUGAUGGUCCUAAAUAUACAUAAUGAGUGGAACACUAUAUUGUUAGGGGUAGUAUGCUAUGAUGUAGUUUGAUUUCAUGUCAUUAUUUUUUUUUUUUUUCAGUUACGCAUUUAAAAAAACAAAACAAAAAAACAAAAACAAACCUGUGACUAGGUACAUUAUUGGUUUACAUUGUUUUGAAUGUGUGAUUGCACUAACAGCUGUAGUGUUGUCUUGCAAUUGCCAUGCUCAGGUUGUCUGUACAGAACAUUAAAACCAUGAUGAAACCAAUCCUUGCAUGUUAUGAAACCUUUCUCUCUGUCUUGCUGUAGCAACCAUUAAUGGCAGUGAUAUCCAGUUCACCAAUUCCAAUUCUGUCCUGGCAACAUUUGCAGCAAUAGCAGAAGCUUCCACUCCUCUCUCAGGAUCUGACAACACCCAGUGUGAGUAAUGCAGAUUAAUGUGUGUUCAUAUACAGAAUCCAAUAGUUGUUUUAUCUUGCCUGUGUUCCCUUAUUGCUCUCGUAGGAUAUGUAGUGAAGUAGCUCAGGAGAUCUGUUCAAACUUCUUCUCCCAGAAUUGCAAUCUCAGCCAUUUUCUUUUCAAGGUUUCUUAAAAGGAAAUACUAGCAGAGCCCUAUCCUUGGUAAAAAAAUAAAUAAAUUUAUAAUGGUUGGCAUGAACUGCAUUAAAAAAACCCCCCAAAACAAACACUUUGUUGUACUUUUCAGAUCACAACACCUUUUUAAAUAAAAUUCUUCUUUGUGUCUUAGCUCUUCCUCCUUGUACUUGCUUUUCCUUAUACCAGAGGUUAUGGGGAAGGUAGUUGAUGAUGUUGCAGGUCCUGGUGUGCUUUUUUUCUAUAUUCAUCAGUGCAUAUGUUUAUAUACAUGUUUAUCUUAGAUUCUUUGCAAAUAAGUAGUUAAAAAAAAAUUAAAAAUUUAUUUUUCUAGUUUCAUUAUCUUUCGUAGUAUAACUGUUAAAGGACCACUAUAGUGCCAAGAAAACAUACUCGUUUUCCUGGCACUAUAGUGCCCUGAGGGUGCCACCACCCUCAGGGAUCCCCUCCAGCUGGGCUCUGGGGAGAGGAAGGGGUUAAACUUACCUCUUUCUCCAGCGCCGGGCGGGGAGCUCUCCUCCUCCUCUCCUCCCCCUCUUCGGCUGAAAGCGCAUGCGCGGCAGGAGUCGCGCGCAUUCAGCCAGUCCAUAGGAAAGCAUUCACAAUGCUUUCCUAUGGACGCUGGCAUCUUCUCACUGUGAUUUUCACAGUGAGAAGCACGCAAGCGCCUCUAGUGGCUGUCGAGAGACAGCCACUGCAGGCUGGAUUAACCCAUUUAUAAACAUAGCAGUUUCUCUGAAACUUCUAUGUUUAUAACAAAAAAAAAAAAAUUGCAAUUGUCAGAAGCAGAGUAGUGGCUUAGAAUUCUCCUGUGAUGUUGAUUACCACUGGUCACAUUUAAAAAUAGUGAUUGUGCAGUGGCAUGUAACAUUGAAAGUCUGACUAGAAACAACGAACUUGAAAUUGUGAACACGGACUUCCUUAUAUUGCAUGUAGCACAUGAUAGGGGUUAUUACAUCUCACAAAUCUGCUAUAGAAAGGCUCGGACAAAGCGAAUUGUAACAGUGUUUUGUUUGUCCAGGCCACAGCGCUGAAGUGGUGUCUUUGGAUUCCCUGAGUUCAUCAGUUCAGCAGAUAGUAGAAGAUCAAGGACAACGAGUUAUUACAAUUGUAACUGAUGGCAGCAUACCAAUGGGUACACUUCAGGAAAUGUAUUCCGCUGAUCACCUCCGCCAUCAACUCUUUGUGACCAUUGAAAAUGGACAACAAGGUAACGACUUUGCUGCUAAGCUGAGCACAGGACCAAACGUUCAAUGUCACUGAGAGAGACCUGUAUGUGUUCUGUGAUACACUGAUAUAAGUUGUUGUUUAUUUUUAUUGAUAAUUAUAACUAUAAGCCACAUUGCUCCCUUUUCACUCCAUAGUAAUUCAAAUUUUUAAUUGUCAAAGACUACCAGCAGUGUGUUUGCAAACACUGGUAAAUGCAUUCUGGCUACUCUUUGCAUUCUAAUUAGAAUAUAUGUAUUUGAACAAUUUAUUAGCAGUGGUUUUAGGUGCAAAGUAUUUCAUGUAAUGCAAGUCCACUGUAGAAGAUUUACAUAAUCACAUUUUAUGUUUUUUCCUCUCUGUUUUUUUUUUUAAUUUUGUUCUGAAGCAUAUAAUAGUAUUGUGUGCUUUGUUCAUUUUAGAGUCGGGCCUUUUCUGAUUUUUGUCUGGCUGCUUUAGUAAUUUUCACGGCUUUAGUUUUCCUUAACUUUGUUUGAUUUGUGUGGUUGUAAUUUGCUCGGUAUCUCCCAUCCACCUCCAGUUAUAGGCAUGCGGGAAGAACAAUUUGUAGAAGAGACUGUGACAGAGGCUGAGCAGCCCCCUGCUAAAAAGUGCCGCCUUCAGCCAAUUAGUGAUGUAACUGCAGAGAAUGAGGUAAGGACGCACACUAGGGAAGAAUGGGGGGAUACGUUGGUGUCCGGGUUAUGUGCUGUACAAGCUAACUAUGGUUUGUCUCUGCUGACUGUACUUGCCUGCUUUUGCUGCUAACUAAAAGCUUAAAAACGGUCCAUGCUUCUUAUCAAAGCAAGUUUUAAAAAGAUUUUAUUUCUUUUUAGUUAUAUAUAUAUAUUUUUCACCCUGCCUGCUACGUAAAAUAUCCUCGUUACUAAUGCACUGUAUGUAUAAUUAAAGCAUUUUUUUCUGAAUGGUAAGUGCAUAGUGGUUUGUCUAGUAAAUAAACGGAAUGAGUUUCAAACACUAUAUCGUAAGGCAAGUGCAUUUUGUAUUUCUAGCUACUUCAGCUGACAUCUCAUAUUAACAAUUGUAGUUGCGAAUUUUGCUAGUGCUGGAAUCCAAAUGUAACAUGGUUUUUUAUUUUUUUUUUUUUUAUUUUUUUUUUAAAUCAAUGGUGUUUUUAAUUAAGUCAAAAAUUAUUUACUAUAUUUGUAUGCAAUAUAUUGUUAAACUCUCCAAGAUGGCAUGCUUUAAAGCAUUGCAAAAUCUUCAUUUACAAAUCUGACCUAUUGGCUAGACAGGCUCUCUUUGUUUAGGUGUUCAUUGUAUAUUUUCUUUACCUGUAAACGAAAGGUGACUAUCUGCGUUCACCCAGAGGUGCAUUUCAAUGCAGAAUACAGAGUCAUCUGCCCAUCUGUUAAUUACUGUUCUACAGAAUGUCUGUAUGUUUAUCCCACAAUAGGCCAAUGACCACGACCAAACCAGACAGUCACUGCAGCAACAAUUGCAUGAAGCCACCUGCAGAGCCCAAGAAUACCGGCAGCAACUUAUGGAAAAGGAGCAAGAAGUUGAGGGUUAUCGGGUCAAACUUGAGGACCUAGUAAGGCAUCAUGUGAACGGAAAUAGUUUUACAUUGGUGGAGGAGGAAGGAACUGUUAUCAUCUCAAGUGAGGAACUUGAAGGGACUGAAAUCACUGAAAUAGAAACUGUGGAGCAUCAGUGCGACAUUCCCUUGGAGAGUGCAACAGUGUGACUGAAAGACAACGUCAUACAGUAGCCUAAUGAGCUACCCGCUGAUUUUAACGAGAGUGGGAGUAAUAGCUGUGUGGUAACUGGAAGGCCAUAAAACUGCAGGGAUCCAUUUUAUAUUGUGAGUCGUAACAUUUUACAGCAGAAGACUUCUCAAUAAAUUCUGACCUAUCCCAGUGUACAGACCAGUGAUAGGUAACAGUUUGGUGCUGCAGUUGUUGUGCGCACUUUUUUUUUUUUUUUUAUUAAUAAUAUACUCAGCCAGCCAAAAAGAGCCAACGGUUUGCCAUCGCUGCUGUGAGCUUACACUGCUAUGUCUUCCGUCUCUUGUUGGCAAAUUUGAAGAGGUAUUUUUUUGGUUUCUCAGGGUUUAAAUUCUACUUGCCUUUUUUAAAAUUUAAAUCCUUAUGCAAUUUUUGUAAUUUUUUUUUUUUUUUUUUUUUUUUCCAAUCGGGAACAAAUUGAAUAUUGUGAAAUAACUUUACAAGCCCAUUUGGCAUGGUUGGUUUCAUCCAGUCGUAUAUUUCUGGCCCAAAUUAAGUAUUUAAUACUUUUCUGUAUCAUCCAGUCACAUUAAGUAAUUUGCAGCAUGUAGAACGUGAGAAAAUAUUGGGAGAAAUCAGAAUAUGUAAAUGUGCUCAAAGGAGUGACCAGUGCUUUGCAUUAGCUGCACUGUGCUCAGGGAGUUUGAAGUAGACCUAACUCGAGAUUUUGCAGGAAGUGUCCCUGCCCCCUCUUUAAUUCAUUGAUUGCUGCUCUAUGUGGCUUUGCAGAUUUGCAGAUGUUCAGAUGAAAGUUUUUGUUUGUUUCUGUUUCUCUCUCAUGUGAAUGUGCAUAUACAUCUAUCUCUCCAUAUAUGCUCUUGCAGUGCUUACCCCAUUUUACAAUGAUUUGUUAUGAUGAAGAGUAGUUUGAGAGUUGCCUGUGAGCAUUUGUAAUCCGCAUAUAAAAAGAGGUUUAACAUUUGGAAAACUUAAACACAUAUAUACAGCCAAUGGAUUCAUAACUUAGAAUCGGCAUGCUGGGGACAUUUCAUUAUAUUCUGGCCUUAAGAUGUUUCUGAGCCUUCGUUUUGUUCACAUUAAAACUAUAUUUCUGUCUUUACACUUUUCUUCAUGCACAAUAGCAGGGUAUUUGCUGUGUCCUUUGGUUUGUAUCUGAUUUUUCUAUGUUGAUUUUUUUUUAAUAUAUAUUUUUUUUUAUAUUCACCCUGGAGUCAGAUCUGAUUUUUCCUCAUACCCUGUCUAGAUAGUAUAAUGCAAACUAUAUCUGUUAAAGCUCAGUUGGAUUAGGGUUAAAUGUGUUCUAAUGAGUGGACUCGAAGAAGGGCUUGCUUUUCGUGAUGACCAAAAUAGGCACUCUGCUGAAAAGUCAGAAGACCUUUUCUAGUUUUUAUUUCAAGAUCUGACUUGAGUUGCAGAAUUUAGCUGCCAAGACUGGUAGUGUUGUAGACUUGUGUAAACUAAUUUAUACCUGGGCAGUAUCUAUCCAGGUGAAUUUGUAGUUCAAUGAACAGCAAGGCUUGAGUUUUCAUAGUGAUAUUGCUUCUUCUGUACGUAAUCCGCUUCUGUUUCAACUUUCCGAUACCUAAUUUCUGAAAGACUCCGUUUAACUUGGUAACUGCUUCUCGGGUCAUUUGACUACCCAAUGGCAUUGGCACUAAGGCAAGGUUUGAUUUGAGGUCCAUUUACUGAAAGUACAUUCUUUUUAAUGUACCAUGUCUGCACAUUUGAAGUACAAUUAUCAGCAGCCAUAUAUAUGUCCAUCUCAGUUGUGGUGUAUUGCACCCAUCUUUUGAUUGUAGUGCAAAUGAUUUUCAUUAAAAGGAAAAAAAAAAUGCACAUAUGUGUAGACUAGUUGCGUUAAGUGUGUCUGUAGGAUGUGCAGAAAGAGCAGAUUAUAAGACAAAGUAUUUACAAUACUUUCACAUGGCUAAAAAUGUUAAACAGUCUGUCUGCCAGCACCUACACACCAAAAAUAAAAUAUUAAAUGCAGGACUGUGCCUCACGAUACAAUUCUAAAAAUAUUUAUAAUAAGCAUUUAAUAACAGUAGAAAAUACUCUGAUUGCUCUGUUACGUUUAAACCUUAAUUUUCGUUUUCCUGACUAUAAUAAUUAGGAUUUUCGAACAGAAAAUAAUUGGGCUUGUGAUAUAUUUCAAAUGCCAUGUUCUUGUCUUUUCUGUUUUUUCAUAUGCACGUUUAUACUACACGAAUACUUUGCAGACUUCUUAUGCCACCAUCAAAGCAUUGCUCUCCUGGCAUUUCCAUUCCUUCAGACUGACAUUUUUCGGGUCUUCCAUUUUAAUGCCUUUUAGAGACUUGAAGAUGUGAGUUGAUUGUACACAAUCUCUGGUCAAUUUUUACUUUUCAUUAUAGAAUUAGUAACCACAGUUUGUACUUGUAAUUUUUACCAAUAUAGUAUAAACAUGUUCCUGGCUUAACUUUUUUUUUUUUUUUUUUUUUUGAAAGUAUGAACCGCCGUUAAAAAAGAGCAAACAUAAAAAAUAAGUCAGGAGCAUGUUUGAUUUUUUUCUCCUGGGGAAAAAACAAACAAAAUUAGUUUUAUGUUGAAGAUAAUAGUUUAGUUGUUUAGUAUCCUAGUUUAGUUAUUUCUCCAAGGCAUGCAAGUAAGACUAUUUUAACAGUUCAACAUUACAGACUCUUCGUUAAAGCUCAAUCAAUGGAGAAAGUAGAUUUAGGCUGACAGAUCUUUUGGAGCGUUUGAACAUGAAUCAAUAUUUUCACCAUAUCCUCCAGGCACAAGCAUCAUAAUGACACCGUAAUCCUAGCAGAAUUAUCUUUAUCAGUGCAAUAAAACAAAUAGAGAUCAGAGGUUCGAGUAAGGAAUUUAUAAAGGGAGACUUGCACCACCAUGAACUCACAGCUUUAUGUAAUUCCCCCCCUUUCCUCUAUGCCAAGUUUAUCAUAUGUUCUAAUUAUUAUUUUGUAAUUUUAAAGCAAACACAAAAGUAUUUUAUUAAGAGGUUUUUGAAAUUUUGUUUGUGUAUAUUCUACUUUUUCUACCAAAUUGUAAAUAAUUUUAUAUUUCAAUAAAGACAUUUUAUAUUUUGGUUUUUA